AUGUGCAAAGUGCUCUUCUUCACCGUUAUCCUCCUCGCGUUCGCCCUUUUCGUCGCCGAGUCGUCGGCGCAAAGCCAGAAAAGUCUGCGCCGCUGCGGACUCCACCUCAUCAAGGCACUGCAGAGCUUCUGCGGAGGUCCCUGCACCGCCGAUAACUGUAAGUUUGCUCACGUUCGUGUCCGCUUUCAACUCUCGCUUUUCAGCGCAAGACAUUGCGAUCCGCGCGUGCACUCAGCCGCACACCAAGGAAGAGCUCAUGAUGCUCUGCUGCCCCGACGCCUUAUAG